AUGGCCAGUGACGAGUAUCGUCUUCUUGAGGCCAACAAAACAGCCAUCUUCCAUGCGCUGGACACGCAUCGCACCGUGAUCUUUGAGAACCUGGUAGGCGCGUACUCCAUUGCGCGAUUCCUUCUGGAGUACGGCGAUUUUGCCGUCACCGCAGUGGAAAGCUCGCCGUUCGCCGCUGAUCUGCUGAAAAACAGCUUAUCUUCUCUCUCAGUGUUGGCUAUCAACGAUCUAUUGUGGACAGACGUGAAGUGCGACUGGGUCGUACUGGCUACGUCGAUCGACGACACAGUCACGCAAUUGGCUCUCCAGCAGCUGCAGACGGCGAAAAAGCUCAUCGUUGUCAACAACUAUGGCUCUCGUUUGGACUGCACUGGAUUCAGCAUUAAUUUGCAAAACCCUGAUUUCGAGGUCUUUUUUGCGACUUCCAGGCCCCUGGACCUGUUUUCAGAGGUUGAGAAACUGAUAAAGAACCGCCAGGGCAACAUUCUUGUUCUGCUACCGUCAAAAAAUCAAGUCAAGGAAUUUGCAACCAUGACAGGGUCUACGUCCGUCCUUUCUGAGAAUGAUCUAAGUGGCCUCCGCCUGGUGAAUCAGAAUAACAUGGUGGUUAUGCAGAACGACCAAGAGCUGAUGAACAGUCUGCGCUAUCUCAGCUUCUACAGAUCUCUGGGCUUCUCUCUCACGAUUCAAUCUGGCAUUGAAAAUCGGCUCGUUCACUCACCGUCAAAUUUUGACCACACGCUGCCCUCGCCAAUCCCGCAAAAGUACGUCCGUGCCUUUCCUUGGGAGAGCUUUGUCCUUGUAAACGAGAAAACUCUCGCAGAAAUGUCCCUGUCUGACCCCCUGGUGCCGCUUCUCGUCCUGAUGAAAAAAUACGAAAACUCCCCAGAAGCCAUGUUCGACGACCGCGUAUUCCGUUCGCUGGCCAAAACGCCGUCUUUCGAGCAUUGUCUAGCCCAAAUCGAGCGCUGGGGCCUUGUGGAGUACAUAGACGGCUUUCGGUUGACCGACCACAUCUUCUGGAAAUACAAACUGUACAGUAUGGCUGGCCGCAAGUGGCUGGGCCUGCUUACGGCCCUGGAAUCGUCACUUUCGUUGGGCACUGACGUCACGUUUGUUCUUCUCUCCAUUCUCAGCAUUUGCAGAACUUUGGACACAGCGUCGUAUAGCAUCUGGUCGCUACUGCAUGAUAUAAACUCCAGAAUCCCCAGUCUGAAAAGCAUAGAGUCAGACUUUGUGACGUUAGCCAACUUCUUCAUUUCCACGUUCAAACUGAUCAACAAUUUCGUCGUACAGCAAAGCGUGGACUCCAACUCCGAGCUUUCGCGGCUACUUCAUCGCCAUAAAAUACUGAGGCAGAUCCCAGACUCAUUUAAUGAAAUGGCACGCUAUUUUGAGCUUUCCGAUACUUUUUGCGACUCGACCCUUACGAACACGCUGGCAUGUCUCCGUAAGGGCUUGAUGUUCAACAUAGGAGUGAUUUCCAGCGUAAGUGUGACGGAAAAGCCUCUAGCCAGGUUCAAGAUCGAUCCCGACUACGACUCAAGCUCCGGUCUUUUACCAAAUCUGCUGCUCGAAGUGCCUGUCGAAGUCGCCACUUUUUACCGAACUGGAGACCUUGUGCAAUGGUACGUUCUCAAUAAUCCCUCUGACGACAGCAUGUACCCGUUUUUGGGAGUCAAGGGCUUCAAGCAGGAGACGUUGCAACUGAGCAAUGGCUACUAUGUUAGAUCGCUUACAUAA